AUGGGCAGCAGAACCGUGAAUGGCGGCGCAACCUCCGCCGCCGAGGCCGUCGCCGUGGACAAGGGUGUUGAUUUCGCUAACUAUUUCUGCACCUACGGUUUCCUCUACCACCAGAAGGAGAUGCUUUCUGACCGCGUUCGUAUGGACGCUUAUUACAAUGCCGUUUUCGAGAACAAACACCACUUCGAAGGAAAGGCUGUUUUGGAUGUAGGUACAGGAAGUGGUAUUCUAGCUAUAUGGUCUGCACAGGCAGGUGCAAGGAAAGUCUAUGCGGUGGAAGCCACCAAGAUGGCAGAACAUGCCCGUGAACUUGUUAAAGCAAAUAAUCUUCAGGAUAUCGUUGAAGUUAUUGAGGAGUCAAUGGAAGAUGUUAUCUUACCUGAAAAAGUUGAUGUAAUUAUUUCAGAGUGGAUGGGGUACUUUCUUCUGCGUGAAUCAAUGUUUGACUCGGUAAUUUGUGCCCGUGAGCGCUGGCUGAAGCCAAGUGGGAUCAUGUAUCCAAGCCAUGCUCGAAUGUGGUUAGCACCAAUCAGGUCUGGAUUGGUGGACCAAAAAAUGAGUGAUUAUGAAGAUGCCAUGAAUGAUUGGCAUGGUUUUGUCAAUGAGACUGAAUCUUAUUAUGGUGUUGACAUGAGGGUUCUGACGAAGCCAUUUGCUGAAGAACAGAGAAAAUACUAUUUGAAGACAUCAAUGUGGAAUAACCUUCACCCAAAUCAAGUUAUUGGGACACCUGUUAUUAUUAAGGAGAUAGAUUGCUCAACAGUUACCAUAAAUGAUAUACUUGGUGUCCGUGCAAGCGUUUCAUCUUCUAUCUCAGCAGAAAAUACAAGGCUCUGUGGAUUUGCUGGAUGGUUUGAUGUUCAUUUUCGAGGUAGCCAUGAGAAUCUGGCUCAACAGGAAAUCGAGUUGACAACUGCACCUAGUGAAGAUUUCGGUACACAUUGGGGCCAGCAGGUUUUCCUCUUACAUCCUCCUACAGACAUCUGGAACAUUGCUUCCGCCGUCUACCAACAAGUUUUACAUAGAAUGAACCUACAUCCAGACAUUUUCACAGUGCCUGCAAACAUGUGCGACUCUCAAGUUCCCGUGAUAGCUGCGUCAUCCCACGAGGAACAAAAACUCUUCUGA